AGUACGAGCCGUGAGGUUUGGGGUGGGGAAAAAAAACUCGAACCCUUCCGGUGCUCCAUUGCCGCCGCCAUUGGAGACGAUGAGGUACACGAGGCACGAGCUGGAGGCGCUCAGCGGCGCGCCGUCGCGGGAGGCGCAGGCGCUGCGGUGGGCCGAGGCGUACGCGGCCCUCGCCGCAGCGGGCUUCUCCGGGGACUACGACGGGCUCCUCGCCUCUGAAGAGCCGCUGUCCAGGAGGGGGAAGAAGAUCUCCGGGGGCGGCGGCAGGAAGAGGCCCGAGGCGCCGGCGCAUCAGUUCUCCGAGGUGGAUGCCUGGAGGAACGGGGGUUCGGGGGUUCAUCAGGCGACCGGGGAGCCCUUUGAUCGCGGUGAGGAUGUGGAGUAUGAAGAUGACAGUGAUGAUGAGUAUGAUGGCAUUCUGAAGCCUGCCUUUGCGGUUGAUGGGGAGCCUGAUUUCGAGUCCGGCGAGCCGCUCGAUGGUUUCGAGUAUCUCCGGCGUGUCAGGUGGGAAGCUAACCAGAUUCCUAAAGUGAAGGUGGCCAAGAUAGAUCUGAGAGCAGCUAUAAAGGAGCAAACACCUUAUAUGCCAGAAAUUCCUGACAUACCGAAGUGUUCACCUGAUUUGUGUGCAUCAAAGGAAUGGGAGGACUCGUUUAUUACAUAUUUUUCAGAGACAAGGCUGGCAUUCUUGGAACUUGACAGCUCGGAUGAACCAUCUGUAUCAGGAGCGGUGAAGAACUCCUGUAAACCUGGCAUCAGCUUCGAGCCGCAGAUUGACCCGACGCUGACGAUGAUUCGCAAGAUGGACGCAGUUUCAAGAGCUGCUACACUGCGCAACUACAUUGAUAUGAUCCAGAGCUUUGAUACACUCUCAAGGAAUGACUGCCUUUGGCUGUUUGCGCUAUGCGUCGCUGUCGAGCCGCCCUUGGACGCCGAGACAUGCGCGUCGCUGAGGUCAAUGCUGCGCAAGUGCUCAACCAUCCUCGCCGCCAAGUCAGAGAUGGACGAUGAAGUCGUGAUGCUGAACAUACUCGUGGCUAUCUCAGGUUUGUACUUCGGGCAGCAUGAGAAGUAGGUAUAGGGCUUGCAUAGUUAGAUCAGUUGUAAGCAGCACUUCCUCUUUUGUGGGGCAAUCCAUCUGGUGAAAACGUCCAACUGGUGCAAAUGUUUAAACUUCCAGCCGCCACAAAUGCCUUGAUUACUUCACAACUGAACGCCCAGUUCCAUAUUGCGCUCUAUGGGCGUUAUUGAAUGGCUGGAUUUUGAAGAGUAAAAUGCAUGGCAGGUGAUUGGAAUUAUUAUGACAGUCCAGUUUAGUCCA